AACUCAACAAAUAUUAAAGAAAUAUUGUUUUGAUGUUGAUGGCUGACGAAUACGUUUAGUUUUAAAAUUUUUCAAUUUAAUUUGUAUUUAAUGAUAGUUAUUUUCUCUAAUUAUAGUUUUGGUUAAAAUUUUGGUACAAAUUAAAUAAUUCAAAGCUGUGAUCAUGUUGGCGAUAUUCAAUUUACAAAGUCUUUUGACUAUUUUAUUGUUGUCUAUUUGUACAUGCACUUAUUUACGACAGUUAGUACCAAGUAUUAUCGACAGGAAUAAAAUUGGACCAUUGGGAACGUUUUGGAAGUUAGCAAGAAUUGGAGAACGGAAAAGUCCAUACAUAUCAUUUUUUUGUAUUGCAAUGGCUUUCAGUAUUUUAUUUUGGACAUAAUAGUAAUUAUCUCAUAACUUUAAAUUAAAAAAUAUAAACAA